AUGCGUUUUGCGAAAAUGAAACUGGAAAAGGUGCCACGAAAAUCCGACAUGAUUCAAGAAGAAAGCCAACCUUAUCAUCGGUUGCGGCGACGAGUGCUGAUUGGUGGACACAAUUCAGGGUCCACGGUCUCUCGAAGCUUGACCAACACCAUUCAUCUUGUCAUCGUCAACUACAUCGUUUCGGACGAGCGAGAUGCUUCCUGCAAUGAACGGCGACGCCUCAUCCUCAUUGCUCCCACCAGAAGAGGAGGACGAGCUGGAGACGUACCUUCUACUCCUCCUCUCCGACUCGAAUCUACCGACCGGUGGAUUCGUAGCGUCGUCCGGACUCGAAUCGUUCCACGCACACGGUCUGCUACACAACUCUCGACCCACUUCGCAUCUCGCCUCCUACGGAUCAUCCUCGUCAUCCUCUUCAGCGGUCAAAAAGGGUCCGGCAACAGCGCCUUCUCAAGCGCAACUUUCUUCGGCAACACUGUCGUUUGCACGCUCGACGUUGCAUUCGUAUGCGCGGUCGAGUUUUGGAUUCCUGGCACGAGUGCAUGCUGCUGUGAAUGCGUUUCUGGAUGCAGAGGAAAGAUCGGUGGAAGAGGAGGGGGAGGAAAGGCUUUCUCGAUGUCUCGAUACGAUUGCAAGGUUGGAUCAUUCCUACCACACACUGCUGUUGAAUCACGUUGCGAGAAGGGCAUCGAAGGCGCAAGGUAUCGCUCUACUAACGCUGUACUCGAAAGCUUUUGCGAAACCGAUCAAUCUCCAGCGCGAAGCGUACAACCCCUCCCCCACCGACUCUUCCACCACAAGCUCAUCCGAAUCACGUAUCUCAACAUCAGCAUCUCUCGUCGACCAACUCAAACUCUCCAUUCGUCGCAACUCUUCACCCCGCUCCAAUACGCAAAUGCACGGACAUCUGCCCAUCUGCUGGGCAGUCUUCUCAGCGUGUCUAGGCUUGUCGUUGAAGAAAGCGGUGUACCUGCAUCUAUUUUUGCAGGCGAGAAGUCUGUUUUCGAGUUCCAUCAGGUUGAACACGCUGGGUCCGUAUCUGGCUCAUCAGGUGAUGCGGUUCCAGAUGCGCCCGGUCAUCGAAGGGAUCAUGAAGGAGAUGGAGAGGGAAGGAUGCUUGUCACUUGGGACGGCAGUGCCGACACCCGACAGUGA